AUGUUUCCAAAUGACAUCGGUGGUGCAACAGUAAUAGUUAAUAAUAUUGCUGCAAACGGUCAACAAUUUAAUUCAACGUUCAAAAUCAAAGGCCAAGUAUAUCACAAAGUGGGCUCAUUGCUGCCAAUGCCAAACGAAUCUCAUAAAUUUUUACAAAUCUACUUCAUGCGAGGCGAGAACUCCGAACGUGCACUCGCCAAUCGUGUGGAUGCACGUUGCGACUACCAUAAUCUGAAUUCAGCUUUUGCCAGUCGUAUCGUCAGCGAGCUGGACGCUCUGUUAAAUGAGCAAAAUGAAUUAUUAAAGUUAUUCAAAUCACAAAUGACCAAGCUACAGAGUGACAAUCACGCAAUUGUCAUCAACCCUGAUAGACACCAGCUGGAGAGCAUAUACGUAGAUUCAACGCACCUGUUGUUGACGACGUUGCUGGAAUCAUGGUUGGCGACCGACGCUCUCCAAUAUCCACUAAUUUUCUGGAAGGGACAAGACAGAUAUUGCGUAAAUAUUAAACAACGAAAUCCCGUAACAGGAGCUGAAACAAAUAAGAACGUUAGCUCAAAGGAUUUUUAUUCAUAUCAUUUGAUGAUUAGACGCGGUCGAGACAACAUCAUUUUACGAUGUCGUGAGCUUCGCCAACAAUUUAUAGUCGACAUGUAUGUGAAGAUAGAAAGUGAAAGACUACGAUACUUGCGAUAUAAUCAACAGAAGCUGCGUACGGAAGAAUAUAUUCACUUACGAGAUGCUGUUGCGAACAAUGCUGACACUGCCGAAAUCGGUAACUCUGUUAUCUUACCAUCAUCGUACGUAGGUAGUCCACGUCACAUGCAAGAAUACAUUCAGGAUGCCAUGACUUUCGUGCGUGAAUAUGGACGACCGUGUCUUUUCAUCACUUUUACAUGUAAUCCAAAAUGGAAGGAAAUUACAUCGUUGCUAUUACCAGGACAAAAUGCAAUGCAUCGUCAUGAUAUUACAGCACGUGUGUUUAAACAAAAAUUAAAGUCUUUAAUCAACUUUACUACAAAAUUGCAUGUAUUUGGCUUCACACGUUGUUGGAUGUAUUCAGUUGAGUGGCAAAAGCGUGGAUUACCUCAUGCUUUCAUUUUAAUUUGGUUGGUCGACAAAAUACGUGCUGAAAACGUUGACAGUUUGAUUUCUGCAGAGAUUCCAGAUCCGUCUACUGAUCAAUUACUGUUUGAUAUUGUUACUGCAAGCAUGAUUCAUGGUCCGUGCCGAAAUCUGAAUCGUUCAUCACCUUGCAUGGUAGACGGAAAAUGUACAAAGCGUUUUCCUAAAGAUUUUACUAACGAUACGGUCACACAUGUUGACGGAUAUCCAAUAUAUCGUCGAAGAAGUACCGAAAAUGGCGGACAAACUUUCAUUAAAACUAUCAGCUACGCAGACAUCGACAUUGACAAUCGUUGGGUCAAUACUCAUAUUCAAUGCUGA